AUGAACGAUCAGCAGGAAUAUCCUCAAUUAUCAACUACUAAUCUAACCAUUCGAUCCAAUGAUACCGUCAUACCCAUACCGACAUUAUCCUCCACUCUUCCUAGUCAAAUCGCAUUUGUACUAUUUCCUUGUAUGGUCUUGACCGGUGUCAUUUGUAAUACCUUGAUAUUUGUUAUCAUGCGACGUCGACGUAUGUCUCAUCUUUCAACAUGUUACUAUAUGGGUAUCUUGGCUAUAGCUGAUACGAGUGUCUUACUACUUGGUCUGUCAGUCAUGUGGAUUUAUUUUGUUAAUCGAAAAUGGUCGUUACUAUUGCAGUCAACCUAUGCUUGUAAAUUUCUUUCACUUCUAUUCUAUACUGUUUCGGAUACAAGCGUUUGGAUCGUUUGUAUGAUGUCGGCUGACCGUUGCAUCGCUGUGACACGUCCAUUACAUGCAAGUUCGAUAUGCACUGUCCAACGUGCUCGAAUAUCUGUUUGUAUACUUGUUUUAUGUGUAUUGAUGAUCAACAUACAUUUCGUAUUUACACAUUAUUUAUCAUCAGCUAAUGAAUGUACAAUUCAUGAGCACUAUGAAUUUUUCAUUCAUCGAGUCUGGCCAUGGAUUGAUGCUGCAGUUUAUUCGGCCGUUCCAUUUAUAUUUCUCCUAACAAUCAAUUUAGUUAUUGUUCAUAGCUUGUUUCAAGCACGUCGUUCAACAUCAAGAUUACAAAUAUAUCAAUCACAACGAAAUCGUAAUAAAAAUAAACUGUCGACGUCAAUGUCAAGAAAAUUGACAACGAUGCUUUUAGCUGUAACUGUUUUCUUUUUAUUAACUUCGUUUCCCAUGGUUUGUUUACAACUCUAUACGAACAUCCAUCAACAACAUAACAGUUUAUUUGCACAAUCAUAUCUCAAACCGCUUUGUGAAACACUACAGUAUUCAAAUCAUUGCAUUAAUUUUUUUCUCUAUGCGAUCACGGGUAAAGCAUUUCGGCAUGAAUUAAAACGUCUAUUUCAUAGUAUAGCAAUAAAAAUGCAUCUAGCUGAGGAAUCUGUUGACAUACCCAUCGAUCGACGUUAUCUCGGACGAACGAUGCAGCGCCAUAUGAGCGACAUUACGACAAGUCAACGACGAAUUUCAACUGCGACUGUUCAACUUUUACGAUGCGGAACAUCUCUCGACUUAUCGACAAGCAAUGGGAACAUUAAAAAACGUCAUAUCUAA